CUUGUUGCUUAGCUUAAAUCUGUGCAGUGCUACAGUAAAGUAAAGAAGAAACGAGGUCGAAAUAACAAGCUGCAAUUAUAUGAACAGAGCAACACGUGAAACGGGUUGUCGAACAGACAUUUCGGAGGCACUUGACAUCUGGUUUUCGUGAACGUUAGUCCAGUUGGACUGCCGUGUUGUCUGUCCGAGCUGGUGCGUGAUCGCCGUUUCCUCCGGGAAAGCGGUUCAUCCGUGAUGAUGAGAUCACCAACAAAAAGUGCCUUUGAGAACAUAUCCUCGACUUAAAGUUGGUCCGUCUGCAUUGCCGGCCUACGCCUUCAUUAAGGCCAGACCCGAGCACCAACGCAAGUCCUUCGCCAACGCUGAAAUAGUCACAAUAUAAUAAAGACCUCCGAAUUUCCCUUACUUGUUUGAUAUUUAUGGUCACCGUCAUUCGUGGAAUACCCUCUUGAAUGUGUCAGACACAAACACAUCGGCAGUGUUUCCUCUUCCCUUGAUGGUGAUUUCUCAGCCGUCUGAUCGUUCUGCUCCGGCUGAUGGAGGACUCACCGAGUGGUUUUAAAAGAGGACUUUGCACAUAACGCCAACCCACAGCUUUCGGUGUAUGAGGCACAAUAGAUUAACUUAAAACAUUUAAUUUAUGAUUAUAAUCUUCGGUCAUGGCGAUGAACCUUUCUUCAGUAAGAGACACAAAAUGGCUAACUCUGGAAGUCUGUCGACAGUUUCAGCGAGGAAACUGUUCACGCAGUGAUGAGGAAUGCAAAUUUGCUCAUCCACCGAAGAGCUGCCAAGUUGACAACGGGAGGAUUGUUGCCUGCUUUGACUCACUGAAGGGCCGAUGUUCAAGAGAAAACUGCAAAUAUCUUCAUCCUCCUUCACACUUAAAAACCCAGCUAGAGAUAAAUGGGCGCAACAACCUCAUCCAGCAAAAGACUGCAGCAGCCGUGCUUGCCCAACAGAUGCAGCUCAUGAUCCCAGGACCGAGCCUGCAGCCGAUGCCAACGUUUCAUCUGGCACAGGGAAUGUGCUCAAACCCUGGUCUCGGUUACGGUUCAUACAUGACGCCUAUGAGCCAUGGAAUGAGCCUCAUCCCAACAGACAACCUCUCCAGCACCCCGCUUCUGCUUUCUGGGAACCCUUCUGUCCCAGUCCAGAGCUCCUCCUCCUCCUCCUCCUCGUCUUCAUCUUCUCCCUCACAGAAGCUGCAGCGUACAGACAAACUAGAGGUUUGCCGCGAGUUCCAGCGUGGAAACUGUGCGAGAGGAGAGACAGAUUGCCGCUUUGCUCACCCCAGUGACAGCCCAAUGAUUGACACCACGGAUAACACCGUCACUGUUUGCAUGGACUACAUCAAGAGCCGCUGCUCCAGGGAGAAGUGCAAGUAUUUUCACCCGCCUGCACACUUGCAGGCCAAAAUCAAAUCCAGUCAACAGCAAGGCAAUCACACAGUCGUGGCAGCUGCAGCCAUGACUCAGUCGACUGCCAAAGCAAUGAAGCGAUCCCUCGAGGCAACUGUAGACCUGGCCUAUCCCUACAGCAUUCCCCUACCAAAGAGACAAGCGUUUGAGAAGAGCAGCUGGGCCAGCUCUCUUCUCAGCCCCAGUUUUUUGCACUACCAACAGGCUCUGGCCAACACACAGCUGCAGCAGUCCCAUGCUGCGUUCUACCCCACCGGUUCUCUCUUCUGCAUGGCUCCCGCUAACAGCAUGGUCCCCAUGAUGUACAGUGCUGCGCCCGCUAGUGUCUCUGCAGCAACGACUCACGCCACAAGUCACCCCUACGCAGCAACAGCGCCAGCACCAACCAAUCAGAUCGUCCUCAAGUGACCCCCAGGAACAGAAGUCUGUGCCGUGUGGCGGCUGUCAAAGUCGACAAACAACCGCUCUGUAAAUAUUCUGUUAACACCACACACAACCUACAACAAGCUGCAUGCUGAUAACAUUGCUGAUGAAAAAGUGAUAGACAUUGCUUUGAUCGCUCAUAAUAAAUUACAUAGCUCAAUUAUUAGGACUAUACUGUGUUAUAAAAGAUAGAAGUGUCACAGAAGAUCUUGGUAUGCACGGACCUUUGCACCCACAUGAACAUGAAUCCUCGGUGAUGUGCAUCAAUUCCUGGUUUUUAUUUCCUAAACAAACUGACAACGUCAGAAGUGCAUUUUGCCUCUUAAUCAGAUGAAAUGCAACACGUCUCCAGUUCACAUAUAGGAGCCUCAUACACUAACGUUACCUUUUCUGAAAUGGAAACCAACUCACGGAUUAUAAUGAUGUAAAUAGUACAAGAGGAAGACAUAAGCAGAACAGAUAUUAUCUAAAAGUCAUAAAGGCCAUGUGAAAAGGAGUCCUAUAUGAGAGAUUGUUCAAAUUGUACCCUCAAGAUAUUGAGCAACAACUUGUUUUUCCUUUCUUGAAUGUGUCAUAUAAACUUUUUUUAAAUUAAUGAUUGUUUAUCUAGUGCCAGCUUUAAUUAUUUCAAACUAACUAGAAAUACACCGCAUUGUAAAGAUUACAAUAGUCUCCUUUUAAAAUGUUGUUAGUCCAUCCAUAUUGUUUACCCUGUCGGCCUCAGAGAACAGGAUCAGUGCUCCACCUCCUGGUGUGCCUUUGCAUUGCAUAUAUACGGUAUGUCUGCUGAGGCGACAAACUGUAUCAUCCAUUUGCUGCAGAUACGUUUUCUUUAAGGCAGUAAAGCAGCAAUGAUUCAAACCUUUAGAUUUUCUCUUUAUUAUAAAAAAAACUGAAUUGGAAUUAUCUGUCCAGAGACGGUUGACUUGUUGAUGUCUAUGAAAGUGGUUUUGACUUCUGGAGCCAGUUUCACAAAGAUAGACUUUGGUUUAGGUCAAACCAAUAGUCAGAUUUCAGAUGUCUAAUUGUAUUCCUUGCACAAAUGUGUCUAGUUCGUCAAAAAAUGCUUCGGUUCGACAGUUACAAGGACAUUUACCUGGGAAAAUUCUCGAAGAGUGUAAAAAAAAAUAGAAGAAGAAAAGACAUCCGGUCAUAUAAAAUCUCAGCAAAGUGUCGAGCUGAGGAGUGUCUUCAGUCCUUGUGCUCAGUCGUCAGGCAGGCGCCACCAACAAAGCACUCAAAUAUCUUCCCUCUCUCAUUACUCACUUUGCAAUAAUGUUAGAAAACCAUCAAAUAUGAGCCAUGACUUUCCCCUUCUUUGGUAGUUUGGUGCCACUGGUCAGCAGGUGUCACUGAUUGUUACCAUGGCAUUAUCACAGUUAUCAGGCAGGGAGGCGAACUCGUUCAGGUUAAAAUAAGGCCAUCUUUGUUUUGGUGAGAAAACAAGCAAAAUAAGAUCUGGCCUAACACUCGGACGUCUUUGUGAAACCGGCUCCUGCUCCAAGUUGGGCAGAUGGAGCCUCCCCAUCCAAGUCGACUUAAAUUACUCAACUUAAAUUGUUCAAUUACUACCGUUUAUAUUCAAACUAAAAGUUCCUGUGAUCGUAUAAGAGAUGAGUUGAGUCGUGUGUGAACUGUUAGUCUUAAUGUUCCAAUCAGUUGUCAGUACUGUAAUAUCUGAAUGUUAUAAGUGCCUGAAGAAUUGCACAGAUGAGGAUAUCCGUGCAUAUUUAAAAGGCUCUGUGUGAAAAAUCACUCCGUUAAAUCUACUCCACUUAAGUCAUAUUUAGAAAGAAAUGUUUUGCAAAGCUUUGUUAGUGCAUUAGUCAACAGAUUUUCACUGACACUCAAACGUGUAUAAGUGUACUAUGUAUGAGAGUUAAUAUCCAGCUUAAUUUCAUUAGUUCCACUUUUAAGAUGAAAAAGUGCUUCAUGCGCUGUCAAAUACUUUAUGUAGUAAAGAGGUUACGGUUUGGUGAAGUUGGGUUUGGUUGAUGCCACAUUAUGCAACGGCCCCACUUUGUUUGUGACAGGCGGGCUGGGUAUUGUGUCCCAUGUUCAAAACAGAUGUAAUUCACUCUUAUUCGUCACCUUCUCUUCUACACCUCUCAUGUACGUUUGAGUUCCCCGUUUUGAAAACGGCUUUUUAAUGUUCCCGAUGUCUUUUUUAGUGACUGGUAUAAGUUUAUUUUCUUUUUUUAUGAAAACGUGUGUGUGUGUGUGUACACGUGUGUGAUUAACUCAGACAAUCCACCAAGAGAUAUUGUUCAGUUUUUCUUUUUCAUUUGUUGUGAAAAGGUUCAUACAUUAUAGGUUUGAAUAUAAGGAGUAUACUUGCUAUGUUAAUUGUUCAACAUUAGAAAAGAACACUUUUAAAAUGUAAUCUCUUCUAUUUUAUGAUGAAUGUAAUUUAUUAAACUGACUUUAGCUCCGCUGGAGGUUCUUCAAAGGGCCUUGGUCUGUUGUAUUAGCCUCUGAUAAGCCGUCUUAUGUCCAGGGAUCUAAUGUUGGAGCAAAGAGAAGCUUAAAAUAUUUCAUCCCAGUCACUGCCUUGUCACCUGUGAGGGACAACAGCCUUUGUCUGAGCAAGGCCAUAGAAUUGCUUUUUAUGUACAAAGGUGCAUUGAACAGGCCUCAUUUUACGGAAAGUAACUUUCAUAAUAGUGUCAUAAUAGUUUGUCAUUUAAUUGUGUUGUUGGAGCAAUCUGAAGUUGCAGUGAUUAAAACUAUGUUUGAAGGGGAUGACAUUGUUUUCCUCCUCACAAAAACACAUUAGAUUGUACUUUUUAGAUAUUUGACUUCAUGAUGCCAUGGUGAAACACUGUAAGUGAUCCAGUGCAUGAGAAUAUAUUUUAAAAUGUGAAUUUUGUGUUUGGGUACCACUGCAUGUUAACAUCUUGCAGCAAACAUAGAAUUCACACUCAGAGAAUCUGCAGUCGGAUGAUCUGGAGUUUAUGGUUCAGCAGCUGUUUGAACCUUAAUUUUCUUUUCAUAAUUGCUUUCAAAGUUGAGUUAUUAUUCGAUUUAUGACAUGUUUUCCCCUAUUUAUUUUACCUGCACAUAAAACGCAGAGAACCAAAUGUUUGUUUUCACCUUUUGGCAAAUAAGCUUGAAUGUCAUGGACAUGGAAGUUGUUUAAGAUUUAGAUCACCCAGUCGAAAAGAUGUGGACAGUCAGAAUGUUUGGUCAGACUUCACUUUCUCAACAGGACAUGCUUUUUGUGAACUUUGCCUUAUCUUUAAUCUGUUCCUGAAUUUGUAUUUGUUUAGUAAUUAUUAGUUAUAUAUUGUCUAAUAAGUAAAAUACAUUUAACUGAACUUUUCUGUAAAAUUAUUGCAAGACAAGUUUUGAGUUUGAGGCCAAAAUGACAGUUUGUAAAAUAAACCCUAAAAUGAUCCCGAGAUGGCUGGCUUUAAUUAUAUCAUGAAAUAUAUACCAGUACCAUUCUGUUCAAUCCAGUCCUGAAUCUAAACGUGCCCCUCUUCUUCUUUUUUUAACUUACUUGGGGAAAUUAUUUUAUUUGUGUAUAAUUGAACAUUUCAUGUUGAUGGUUCUACUCCUGUAAAUUCUAAAUUGUGUAAUAUCUAAUAUUGCAAAUAAAUGUCAGUUAAAUGCU